AUGCGCCCGGCGCUUCUGCGACUGUUGAAGAGGCCGUCUGCCGUCUCGAUCCUUGACACACUCACAUCAACACCGGUCGGAAUUGAGCAAUUGGAGUCCAGAUACAGGUGUCUACGAUGUCAUUCGCGAACCGCCAAACAAGAACCACUCGAAGCAUCCGAAAAUAACCCGACCCGGCCUCAGCUUGAAAAUCCAUGCCGAGGGAAACGGCCAUUUAGCUUUCCCAUCUACGACAUUGAGGCCUCGAACGAACCAAAUUCUCCUGAGCCCACGCCUGUGGUGGAUAAUAAAAAGCACGAUAGUACGAUACAAUGCCCUACCAAACUUUUGUCUCUCCGACCGGACAAGCUUGACUUCGAAUCGGAUGUUGGACACCUCAACAAUAUUGGAACGCGAUUAGUGGACCACCCGGAGCAUCGAAAUAAUUUCGAUCUGUGGGAGGAGCUUCUUCGAUACCGUCAGCGUCACUAUGGAGACAAUGGCACACUAGACAUAUGGGAAGGGUUAAGGGUCCGGGUGGACGGUGUAUGGCUCCCCGUUGCAGGAGAGCAAGCGGACUUCUUUUGGCAGAGCUUUGUGGACAUGGGAUUGAGGCGAGAGCUUUUUCUUAAAGAGGUUCUUGACUAUGCUGUUAUUAUACAGGAGCAACAAGGCAACCGAUGGCCGCAGCUGUAUGAGCGCGUGGUGGGUGGACUUCUUGAGCAAGGCUUAACGAAACGUGCGGUCGAAUGGCACAAGAAGCUUCAAAACUCCCAUUUAGCCAGCGCAGAUGACGUGUUGAAAAUCCUUCCCUCAGCGAUCCGUUCUUCGUCUCUUCCGGCUGGCACGGAAUUUGCGACUGUGGCUGAUCUCGAGCGGUCCUCCUUGUCGCCAGGAUUGCAGGCAUUCCAAGCCAUAUGCUCCACCACUCCCGACCAUAAUCUUUAUGGCCCUGUCAUUGCAAUGCUCAUACAGCAAGGCCACGGAGAGGCGGCGAUCUCGAUGCAUCAUUUCCUUGCUCGACGUCAAGAUCACCCACAGAGUCCCGACGAGAUACAACCGUUGCUGGAAUAUGUUGAGAAAUUUGGGCUACGUAAGGAGUUCAAUCGGCUCCGUGGCUAUGUCAAAAAGCGGUUCGACACCGAAGGUUUGAUUGAUCAACCUGGCCCAAUACAUACAGCCCCAAAAUCUGAGGAGAAGGGGUCGCAAGAUGAAAAACCCUUCAAAGAUGACAUUGGCGCGAAGCUGUUUGCGACUCGUGCUCUCAAUUUUGAUAUGAUCGUUGGUGGGUUGAAGAUGCUCGGUGUAUCAGAGAUCGGCCACAGGACGUUGCGCGAACUAGCUACGAGAGCUCAAGGCAACCAAGAUCUUCUGGACAAGCUUAAGAUACUUAAGCAGUCCGGAAUUUCUAUAGGAAACACUGUCUUCUCACGCUUAGUUCAAAAACUUGCAGCCCAAAACCGCGACAUCCUUCUCUCCGACUUCCUUCGCAGCGAUCAGCAUCCUGACAUUCUCGAAGACAAGCGUAUGCAGGAGUCAAUGCUGGUAUCUUACUACAUGGCACGGGAUUGGCGAUUGUACAACAUGACUCUAGCGGUGUUGACGGAAUUAUACCCGGGGGCACCAGACCUCUACGACAUCCAUUUUCGAAAGCAUAUCGCGGCCUGGGAAUUGAGUGCGGCGUCCAAAGUCGCCGACGAGCUAGCCCUUCGUGGCCGGACUUUAGGCGAAGAUAGUGUGGAUUUUAUGGCCGAGCAGGUCCUCACCCCUCGGCGAAUGAAUCAUCGCCCACCGCCGGGUCAACGUCUGUCUGCCGUCGACGAAGUGAUCUUCAUCUUCAAGAUUUUAAAGCGCGUGGUUCCUGCGGGAGGGUAUGUCAGUGCUGCAUUUUGGAUUGAGAUGCUCAAACGUCUCGGCAUGGCAGAUGCAUGGGCGGACUGGGAUAAACUUCGAGACUGCUGUCAGUGGCUGGUCCGCCAAUAUGCCGACAGCCCUAAGCAGAAGCCUUGGACGAAUUUUCCAUCUCCCAAUUUAUCUCUUGAUCCCACUAAGCAGGCUAACGGUUGCGAUCGGCGGAUGCUCGAUUUGGUCUUUAACCCGCAAAUGCAAGCCGCCAUCGUCUCCUGGGGUUUCACGUUCCGAGUACUGGACACUACAGCCUCGAAAUUCGGUAUUGCCCCACCUAACUCCAAAACGGACAAAAAGCUCAUUCCGUGGGUACGGGGCUUGAUUCUACUUCGAGAGUUGGAGCAAUCCGGUCUUCGUCUUGACAAACGAUUGAUCUCACAGGCAGUCCGCCACCGGCUGGCUAUGCUCUAUAGCCACCAUGUGCUGUCAGCACGGCGCAUGAACCGCAUGCUGCGGCGGCGGAACCCAUAUUCUUUGCAGCAAGUGUUGAAUGAUGUGUUCCAGGCCUGGGGCGAUCCAUCUCUCUUUGAUGGGAUGGAACAAAAUUUGGAGCAGCUGGUGAAUCCGCCACGGGCGAGCAGAACGAAGCGACGCGCCCCAGGCAUUCUUAUGCGAGUAUUCAACUUCCUGGCAUUGUUGCCCAUGGUCCUUGCGAACCCUUUGAUUCAGAAGCGUACGACAGCAUGCAACAACUCUCCUGAUCUAUGCUCUAAGUCCUAUGGAGAAAUCACACAUCUCGGUGCCCAUGAUAGUCCAUUUGUACGCGAUUCCAGUACUGGUAACUCGAUAGCCGCCAAUCAGUACUACGACACUCCAACGCAACUAUCAGCCGGUGUUCGAUUAGUAACAGCCCAAGUCCACAAGAGCAACUCACAAUGGCGUCUAUGUCAUUCUACCUGCGACCUGCUCGAUGCGGGAUUGCUGAGCGACUGGCUGAAGAAGAUUAAGACCUGGCUGGAUGAUAAUCCAAACGAGGUGGUCACAAUCCUCCUAGUCAACUCUGACGACGCCACAGCCUCCGAUCUCAACACAGAAUUCACAACAGCCAACAUCACCGACUACGCCUACAAGCCAACCUCUCCAGGCACCGCCCCAACCACAUGGCCAACCCUACAAACCAUGAUCGACGAUGGCAAGCGACUUGUCGUGUUUGUGGCUUCGCUAGAGAUCAGCGCCAGUUACCCCUACCUAAUGGAUGAAUGGAGCUACAUCUGGGAGAAUCCAUACGACGUAAGCUCCGCGUCAAACUUCUCAUGUUUGCCAGACCGACCGUCGGCAUACAAAGGCAACAGCGCGUCGGCACUAGCGGCCAAUCUUCUUCCGCUCAUGAACCACUUCCUGUACUCGAGCAACCUCGCAAUCAUAGACGUGGAGUACCCAAACGCCAGCUAUGUGGGGACGACGAACGGUCCGUCCGGUGGAACGGGCAACCUGGGUACUUCGGCGACAGAAUGUAAGAAGGCGUGGAAUGGGCGACAACCGACCUAUAUCAUGGUGGAUUUCUUCAACCGCGGUCCAGCCAUUGAUACCGUCGAUAGCUUGAAUAAUGUCACUAAUCCCGUUGGCCGCAAAUCUGUCUCAACUUCGGCAGAUUCGACUAGCGAUGCCUCGUCGACAAGUAAUGUGUUCAAGGCGCUGGUUGACCUGGCGGAGUCGGCUAGGUCCGGAACCCCGGUGUCUAUGGGGAACUGGAUUUGGACUGGUGGGAACUGGGGAAAUCUGCUUGGUGGGGGGAUUUCCUUCUGA